CAAUUUUCAAUCAAGCGUCCCAUAAUCGCCCCCAUACACGUAUCAUCAGUAGUUGCUUCCCUUCCCACCCAUCUCUCUCUCUCUCUCUCUCUCUCUCUCUUCAAUUCUAACGCGACCGUUUCGAAAAAUCUCCACCUUGUUCGCCUCUGUAUAUUUUCCCUUUUCUCUCCAUCGAAUUGUUCCAAAAUCGUUGCUAGAUUUUCGAUCUUGCCCUUUAACGGCUUCAAUUCCUCACAAAUUACACGUGAACUUGAAGCAAAUUCCACCCUUUUUUCACAACCCAUCAAUUGUAAAUUUGUCUGAAGGGUUUUCUUGAGAUGGUUACUGGGAGUAAGAUAGAUAUGCUGUCUGAUGUGAAUUUAAGGAGGAGCCUACAAAAUGGGAUGACGAGAGGAUCGAAUGGUAAUUUAGAAGAUACUUUGCAUAGUGAGCUUGAAUUAAUGCUGCGAGAGCAGCGUAGUCGUGGUGUUAUUGAUCAGGAGAGGGAUCUUAAUAUGUUUCGGAGUGGCAGUGCUCCUCCUACAGUUGAAGGGUCUUUGAGCGCAGUGGGUUGUUUAUUUAGCAAUCCAAAUUUUGCACUGAUUGAUAAUAGCAGUAGUAAUGUCGAUGAAUUAUUGUCAGAAGAAGAAAUUCGAUUGCACCCUGCUUAUUUAUCGUACUACUAUUCAAAUGAAAAUCUGAAUCCUAGAUUACCCCCACCGUUACUGUCAAGGGAGGAUUGGCGUGUGGCACAAAGGUUUCAGGCAGGGGGUUCGUCCUUUGGGGGGGUUGGUGAUUGGCCGAAUAGGAAUUUGGUUGAUGUCGUUGGCAGUUCAUCAUUAUUCUCAAUGCAGCCUAGCUUAUCUGUACAGAAGGCAGAAGAGGAGUUGAUGGAGUUGAGGAAAGCUAGUUCAAGGAGUAUCUCACGGCCAUCCUCCACUGAGUGGCUGAACAGAGGCUCUGACAGUUUUAUUGGAUUGCCAGGUGCAGGAUUGGGUAAAAGGAGGAAGAGUUUUGCCGACAUUCUACAGGAAGGUAUUGACCAACCUGCUUCCUUAGCAGGUCAUAUCUCACGCCCUACAAGUUGUAAUUCAUUUGGUGAUACUGUGGAUACAACAGGCAUCUCUAGUCAUCAUUUAGCAGAAUUAUGUAAUGGUAUGGAAUCCACAGAAGCAGCCUUGCAUCCUGGGGCAACUAAUACUGGCCUGCCUAGAGUUCAGAGCCUAGGUUCUGGAGUUUCUCAUUUUUUUGCAUCUGCGGUGGCUGCACCUCUGCCAAGGAGUAGAACCCCUGAACCUCAGGUGAUUGGAAGGUCUUCAAGUCCUGGUCUUCCUCCUGUGGGUAACAGAGGUUUCCCAGUCGAAAAGAAGAAUAUUAUUGGCUCAAAUGCCAUGAAUGGUCUUUCUUCUAACAUGAAUGAGCUUGCUGAUAUUGCAGCUUCUUUAACUGGCCUUAACCUGUCAAAAAAUCAACUUAUUUAUGAAGAUAGUCGUGUGCAAUCUCAACUCCGAAUGGGAUUUGAUAAACCUAAUCAACUGCUGGAUAUGUCAAAUGGUCACAAGCAGAAUCUGCAUCAGCCAUUUAUUGACAAGUUUCCUACCAGCUAUGUUGAUUUAACAAGGAAAAAUGGAAUUGUAACAAACCAAAAUGUUUCCAAGUUAGGUUUUGAUGGGCAGACAAACUUUCCCCAACCAUCUUACUUGAAAAUGAAUCCUCCACGGUUUACAAGUUUAGAAGGAUCUAACAUCCAUUAUCAAAAUGAUAAUUUUUCCUGUAUGGACUUUUUUGGCCACAUGCCAAGUGGGUGUUCCGUUAGCAAGAAGCCAAAUACAACAAUUGGUACAGGUUCAAUUUUGAGUGGUGGUGGAAAUGGACAAAAUUCGAGUAGAAGUAGCAGUCAAGCCGGGUCUGACCUUCAUUUGCCACAUCUGGAUCCAAGUUAUAUCCAGUGCUUGCAGAAAAGUUCUGAUUAUGCAAUGCAUGCUGCAGUUUCCUCUGAUGAUUCUUCUCAAGGAAGGAAUUAUUUUGGCACUUCACAUGCUCAUGGAGAGUUGCAAGGGUUAAAGAAAGCUUAUUUUGAGGCACUGCUGGCUGAACAGAAAAACCAGUAUGAGACUGCAUUUCUUCGUAAAUCUGGCGGUUUGAAUCAUGGAUGUCAUGUGAAUCCAGCUUUGGAUCUCAGCAUGCCAUAUCACGGAAACACAACAGCCAAGCCUGUACUUCCAUCUGGUGGAUAUGCGGGUCCUACGUUUCAGAAUGAACGGAUCUCACGAUUUAAUUCUAUGUUGAGAAGUUCAUUGGGAGGUUCUAGUGGGCCAUGGCAUCCAAAUGUUGGAACUAACAUGGAAGGUGUACUUGCAUCUUCUUUAUUAGAAGAGCUCAAGAACAACAAGACCAGGUCUUAUGAACUUUCGGAUAUCAUUGAUAAUGUAGUUGAAUUCAGUACGGAUCAGUAUGGGAGUCGCUUCAUUCAACAGAAGCUAGAAACUGCUACAGUGGAAGAAAAGACAAAGAUAUUCCCAGAGAUUAUCCCCCAUGCUCGUGCUUUGAUGACUGAUGUCUUUGGGAAUUAUGUCAUACAGAAAUUUUUUGAGCAUGGCACGGAGAGUCAAACGAAGGAGUUAGCCAACGAGCUUACUGGUCAUGUAUUGCCUCUGAGUCUUCAGAUGUAUGGUUGCAGAGUAAUUCAGAAGGCCUUGGAAGUGGUUGAUGUGGAACAACAAACACAGAUGGUAGCAGAGCUCGAUGGUUUCGUCAUGAAAUGUGUCCGUGAUCAGAAUGGUAAUCAUGUUAUCCAAAAGUGCAUAGAAUGUGUCCCUCAAGAUCGAAUUCAAUUUAUUAUCUCAGCCUUCUUUGGCCAAGUUGUGGCACUCUCCACACAUCCUUAUGGUUGUCGUGUCAUUCAGAGGGUUCUGGAGCACUGUGAUGAUCCAAAGACACAGCAAACUAUCAUGGAUGAAAUUAUGCAUUCUGUUUGUACUCUGGCACAAGAUCAAUAUGGGAAUUACGUUAUUCAGCAUCUCCUGCAACAUGGUAAACCACAUGAACGAUCUACUAUUAUUAGCAAGCUAGCUGGACAAAUAGUGAAGAUGAGUCAGCAGAAGUUUGCCUCUAAUGUUGUUGAGAAGUGUUUAACUUUUGGUGGUCCUGAAGCAGAGCGUCAACUUUUGGUGAAUGAGAUGCUCGGUUCCACGGAUGAAAAUGAGCCCUUGCAGGCGAUGAUGAAAGAUCCUUUUGGAAACUAUGUUGUGCAGAAGGUUCUUGAGACCUGUAAUGAUCAGAGCCGUGAAUUAAUUCUCUCGCGCAUCAAGGUCCACUUGAAUGCACUGAAGAGGUUCACUUAUGGCAAACAUAUUGUUUCGCGAGUCGAAAAGCUUAUCACAGCUGGAGAGCGGCACAGUGGGUUAACAUCUGCGUACUCUUCCUCUUGAAGUAUAUCCCAAUUUGGAAAAGACGACAUAUUUUGUACAGCUAACAUGGAUAAUGACCUAAAUUAAUCAAUCUUGAGUUAUAUUAUUUUCUACAUGGAGCUUCUAGUAGCUGUAAAUAAACAGAGAGUUCAGUUAACCUGCUGAAAUAAGAUUUGCUUGUCUAUUCUCUCUAGGUAUAUUCAGAUUGCAAUUUGUAAUUUGGGAAUACGUGUAUGAGGUUUGGAAAGAAGAGUAUAAAUGGUCAAUUGCCGCAGUGAAGAGAUGUUAAAGUGUAUGAUGUUGAGAACAUAGUUUAUAUGUAAAUAUUACUGCAAUUUUCUGCAGCAGCUACAUUUUUACUGGCCUUCGUAGCUGGUUUUACUAUAUUUUGUUUAUUUUCAGGUCAAUUGCCAGUUAACUAACCUUGUUCAAUUUGAAA